UUUGUUGCGUGCAAGAUACAUAAAUUAAUUUGGAGUGUUCUAUUUUUUUUUUCCUGUGUAUAUUGUCCGCCUUGCAUGCAGAAACUCCACAAUCCGUAAAGUGGGCAGGCAACGCAGCCGGAGAGAGACAACGGCAUUCUCAAAAUCAUCAGUGAUCCAAGAAUUGAACGAAAUAGAGUUAUGAAGCGACGCAGUAGUGGUGGACGAUGAAAAACAGUUUACUAAAGUAGCGGCAAAACAAGCGCUCACGCGCCUUUCUCAUCAACGCCACCGCCACUCGCAAAUAAAAGUGAAAACGUGCAACAUAACAGCAACAACAACAAAAAAGAAGAAACAAAAAUUAAGAAAAACAAAAAGUGAAUUGAGUGUGUUUGUGUGUGUGCGGUGCAAAAAUGUGCGACUCUGGCGUCAGCACCGCCGCCACAGCUGCCACAGCCACAUCAACCUCAGUAACGGCGACUUCUUCAGCAUCAGCGACGACGACAACGGAUCAGCUCGGGGCGCGACAAAAUUGUUGCCGACUUUGCAUUGCCCCCGCAACCGAAUGCAUUUCGAUCAUCAAUAGCUAUGCCGCCGAUAAGGAACCGUUGCAUACAAAAAUACAGAACUGCGUUAAUAUCAAGAUCACACCACAGGAUCGUCUAUCCUUACAAAUCUGCCAUGCGUGCAUUAGCUACCUGAAUUCAUGGCAGAGCUUCAAGAAUCGCUGCCUCAUCGCACAGGCUAAGCAACGCAAUUGGGUGGAGGCUAAUAAAAACAGCAACAGUAAUAAUAAUAACACCACCAGCAGCAACAACAAACAGCAGCAGCAGCAGCAACAACAGCAGCAACAGCAGCUCUUGAACUAUUUGGAUUUGAACAGCACUGAGAAUGGCGAUCAGCAGCAGCAGCAGCAACAACAACAGCAGCAGCAGCAACAACAAGAGCUGGACGAUGCGGCUGCCGUGGAAAAAGCAACAUCCCAGAUUUUGGAGGGCAUACCCUCGCUGAAGAAACGCAAAUCUUUAACAGUCUAUCCACUGCCCGCCAUACCCAUUAAGGAUGAGCCCAUUGAUAUGGACGAGGACUAUCAAAUGAAGUGCAUAGAUGAGUCCGAUGAUAUGGUAGAUCCAACUAUGUUCCUAGAACGCUCUGAGCAUGAGGGCGAUAUGCCGCUUAUGACAUCCGACUAUGACUUUUCGGCCCAGCAGCAUAGUGUCACCACAGCUGCCGCAGUGGCUGCGGCCGCACUGCCCGCGAGUGCUGUGGCCAAUGUGGCCGCUGCUGGAGACUCGAAGGUGGCUUCCUGCCGUGCCUGUAGCCUGCAGUUCAGCACUCGUGCCAACGCGCGUCGUCACGAGCGAAAUUUGCAUCCAAAUCUCUUUCAGUUGUCCACAGACUCACCCAACAAUACGCCCAUCACGAAGCCCACACCUGCCCUGGCUGCUGCGCUGGAAAUGAAGCGUGCGGCCGCCGCUGCUGCGACUGCAGAGGCAACACGCGCCGCCGCCAGUGGCAACAUUUCGACGCAAAAAUAUCGGCAGGUGGUGAUGAAUGCAUUUAUUAAGUGUGAAGGCGGCGGCUAUGACUACGAGAAUCCCGAACAGUAUCAGCAUUUGCUGACGAGCGAGAAGGUAGAGUUCAUUCAACAGAAUAGCGAGUUUCUGGAGCAAUAUCAGACGAUGACGUGUCGCUGUUGCAACAAGUUUUUCAACACCUACAAGAACUUUAUGGCGCAUGUGCGUAAAAAGUAUCCGCUGCUCCCUCGCAAUCUGUGCUUCAAUUGCCUCAAGAUGAACGAAUCGAAGGCGUUGUUCAUCUCCCAUCUAAAAAAGCGCAACUGCAUUAAUCUGUACAAACUUUUGAAUGGCAUACGUGCCAAACAACCACAUUUUACGCCCAUAGAUGGGGUUGGUGCGGCGGCCUCGGCCGCAUCCUCAUCGGCGGCCACAGCCACACCGACGACAGAGUCGGGGGCACCAGAGAAAUUGCGCGCCAAGGAGCUUCUUGUGAAUAAACUCUAUGAAUGUAAAUUGUGUCCGAAAGGUUUUCGGACCAAGCACGAGUUCCGAACACAUGUCUAUGACAAGCAUGCGGAUGUACAGCGCAAGGAUAACAACUCGAUACAGUGCAGCUUUUGUGGUCUGGACUUUGUUGAUCCGGUGGAUCGACGUCGCCACUACAACAAUAUGGCCUGCAUUGUUCGCUUGCGCUGCAUGACCUGCGAUGCCAAGCUUGAGACGCAUCAGCGCUUCUUGGAUCACGUGUAUCAGGAUCAUUUGGGCGGCAUGAGCAGCGAUAAUGCGUCCAGUGUGAGUGGCGUGGCGCGUAGCAAUAGCGUCGAGCAUUCGCCGGGGAAACGCAGCCUGUUGGGCGCCCUCGGUAUCGGGGUAUCCUCCUCAAAUGAGGAGUCCCGUGGCAGUAGCGCCAUCUUGACAUCGACACCCAAGCCAAGUGGCAGCGCAACUCAUCAGCUGUCAUCGUCAGCGCCGACUGGGGGCAGCAAUAGCUCCGGACAGCCGCCAAAGUCACAAUAUUUCUCGCGUAUGCCACAGGUUUGUCCCAUUUGUGGUCAACAGUACAACAAUUAUAACAAUGUGCUCCGACAUAUGGAGUCAAAGCAUCCCAAUAAGCUGCCUGAGACGUACAAAUGUGUUAGAUGCGGCCUCGGCUAUCCACGUAUCUCCUAUCUUCGCGAGCACAUGAUCAAUGUGCAUGGCGUGGACAAGAAUCGGCAUUCCGGCGGCUUCGAGUACAUCGUGAAUGCGGAUGCCGUCAAGUUGGCCGAUGGCAGCACUCCCAAUGUAUAUACCGGCCGAUAUGACUAUGUGAUGAAGGAUUUGAUGUCGAUAACAAAUGGUGGGACACUCGAAGAUGAAGAAGAAGAGGUUGGCGUGGCCAAGAAGAUGCGCCUGGAUGAGAGCGGCAAUGCAGCAGCUGUGAGUAAUAAUAAUAGCGGCAGCGUUACUGGCAACCAACAGAAGGAAUGCCCCAUUUGCAAUGCCAUGUUCAGCAACAACAUUGGACUCUCGAAUCACAUGCGCUCCCAUUACACGGCCUCGAGUGCCACAAACGCCGCACUGGCUGUGGCCAAUCGCAUGACACCAAAAUCGCUGACAAUUACGGCGACCAGUUCCGGACCCUCAACAGCAGCUGCCGCCCAAUCAGCGAGCACAUCAGCCGCAACGUCAUCGGGCUCGGCAUCGGCGAAGCUAAGUAGCAGCACCAGCCUGCCGCCAGCGAUGCUCAACCAGACGCCACAGGAGCAGGCGGUCUUCCGUCGUAGUCUCGAUCAGGCGGCCGAUCGACGCUUCCGUCGCAUGCGCUGCCGCAUCUGUCAGCGACGCUUCAGCUCAAAGAAAUCCUAUCGUUAUCACAUGCUGACCGACCAUCAGGUGCAGAAUGUUCAGUUCAUUAAAUGCAAGCUCUGCAAUGCGGAAUUUGCCUACGAGAAGGGUCUCAAGGUGCACUUGUUUAAGGUGCACGGCACCGUUAUCAAGGACGAGAUGAUUGUCAAGCAGUUCGAGUGCGAGGUCUGCUCCAUCGUGUACAGUUCGGAGAUGGAGUUGCAGCAACACAAACGCAGCGUACACAAGCUGUCAUCUGCAGAGUUGGCGGCUGGCGACGAUGGGCCGAGCAUUAAGGAGGAGCAAGCCGAGCCAACGCCAUCAUCAACAGCGGCGGCUGCUAUGCCACUCUACUGGUACCAGUGCAAGUAUUGUCCUUCCAAUUUCAACACCAAUAAGAAGCUGGCCAUACACAUUAACUCGCACGAUGAGUUCGACUCGAAUGACUAUUCGUGUAAGGAUUGCGGAAAUGUGUACAGCGGUCGCAAGAGCCUUUGGGUUCAUCGCUACAAGAAACAUCCUCAGGUACCCGAUCCCGCCGAAUGUGUGCUCUGCCGCAAGAUAUUCUUUGACCGUCAGAUGCUCGACAAUCAUACGCCGACAUGCAACCGUAAACCCAUUACGGCGACAGGUGCUCAUCAGCAGGACGGCAACGGAGGCGUUGCCACGACCUCGGCAUCUGCUUCGCGCGCCGUUUUCAAGCACAAAACUGGCGACGAUGAUGAUGACGAGGAGGAUCAGCAAAUUAUGCUCGAUGAUGGAGCCGGCAGCGAUAGCAAUGCUGGCGGAGGCGGCGGCGGCACACACAUUGCGGGCACCUCUUCAUCGGGAGCGUCGCUCAAGAUACGCAUUCCUGAGGUGGCAUGCACUAUUUGCGGGGCUCGUUUCACCGACCAGGAAAUGUUUAGCAAGCACAUACAGAAACAUGAACAGGACCUCUAUACGGAUAAUCCGUUGGCAGCCAUGUUCGAUGACGGACCAGCCGAUCCGGGCCAAUUCUAUUUGGAGCGCCAGAACGAGAAUGGCGAGUACGCGUGUGAUUUGUGCGCUAAGACCUUCCCCCAGGUGAUUGCGCUCAAGGUGCAUCGCAAGUGGCAUUUCAGAGGUGAUAGCAAGCAGAAUCCCAACGACGGCGAAGCGACAGCCAAUGUGGCGAACAGCAGCAACAACAACAACAGCUCGCUGAACUCAUCGAUGCUGCAUCUACGGGAGCUGCACGCAGUGGGUCUGAUGCCCAAUCAGCAACAGCAACAACUUCACAAAUCGGCGACAUCGUCAUCGAGCAAGUCGCUGAAGCGCAAACGUGAGCUCAAAUGUGAGUAUUGUUCGUCGACGUUCAUCAGCAAUAACAACUUGCGUCGUCAUAUGUACGAGCUGCAUAAGCAUGAGGUAAGCAAUUUGCCUGAACCCCCCGUUAUUGAGGUGGAUGCUCCUCUGUCCUGUCGCCGUUGCAAUUUAAAGUUUGACACUAAAGAGCUGUGGAUCGAACACAAGCUAGCCGAUGCGAAGGUAACGCGUCCAUUCUGUCCAUUCCAAUGGGGCUGUGAUCUGUGCGGCGAAUAUUUGUCGCGCAAAGAGAAGCUCAUCAAUCACAUCAAUAAUCAUCUUAAGGAGGAUGUCAUUGUACCAGUGGUGGUCAAGCCGCGGCCCAAAACGGCCAAUAAAAUGUCAUCAAUAUUCAAUAAGACAGGGAGCAGUGCAACGGCAACAGCACAACCAGCAACAACAGCUACAAGUACAAAAAUAUCGAGCAAGACAACGACAAUACAGUCGCGUGAUGAUGCAGAAGAUGAGGCUGAGGACGAUGACGAAGGUGAGGUUGAAGUUGAGGGUGAGGGCGAGGGCGAGGCCGAAGGUGAUGUUGAUGAUUCAACGGAUGAUGAGGAGAUAGAAACAGAGACAAAGACGGCUCAGCAACAGCAGCAGCAACAGCCAAAUAUGCUCAAAGCAAUGUAUGAUGGUGAGGAGGAAGAGGAUGAAGACUCUGAUAUGGAUGAUGAUGAUGGCGAUGAUGAUUCAACAGAUGAUGAGGAUACCUCCGGCGAUGAUGAGGACGAUAGCGAUGAGGAAGAAGAGGAGGUGGCCAAUGAGAAUAUUGUUAAAGUAUUGCACAACAACAACAAUACGACAAACAAAAACAAUAGUACUACUAUUGAUGAUGAUGAAGAUGAUGAUGAUCUGAUUGAGCAGGUCGAUGAAGAAAUGGAUGAAGACGUAAAUGAUGAUGUUGAAGAAAUAGACGAAGAUGAUGAUGACGAAGAUGAUAGCGAAGACGAUGACGAGGAGAUACCCUAUGAAGGUUAUAUGCAUGGCCAGAAUAAUACCAAUAGAGGUCAUGUGGCCAAAGUCAAUGGCAAAAAGCAACAGGAACAGGCGGCCAGUUCGGAGGAAGAAAGCGAUGUUGAUGGCGAUGUCGAAAUCGACGGCGAAGUCGAUGGCGAUGCCGAUGAGGAUGUUGAAGAUGAUGAGGUUGGUGAAGAAGGCGUUAAUGAAGCCGACUCUGAUGGCGAUGGCGAUGGUGGAGAUGCAACGUCAUCGUCGGAAAGUGAGUCAACGACAUCGCAUUCAACGGGUGAGCGGCGUAAAAAUGCAACAGCAGCAGCUAAAAAUACUAAAGCUAAUGCUGUUGACAAGUCUAAUAAUUCGAGUUAUACGUGUGAUCUAUGUCAACUUUGUUUCGAUUCUCAGGAGCAACUGCAGACUCAUAUCAAGAGUCAUUUCCUUAAUGGGCCUUCGGCAGCGAACCGCAGCAGCAAUGCGGCAGCAACAAACAACAACACAAGUAAAACCACUAUAACAACAACAACAACGUCCAGUGCUGGAUUGGAAACUAAAAAUUUGAAAACAUCUGCAACAGCAACAUCAACGGCAGCAGCAACAACAACAACAGCAAAAACAACAACGACUGCCAGCAAUUGAGCAGCAGAGUCGUCGUCUGUGUGUGUAUGUGGGUGUUAAAUUAUGUAUACAUAUAUAAAUAUUCUUGUUAAGCUUUAAGCACAACAACAAGAGAACAAACAAACAACAUCCACAACAAUGAAAAUACACAGACGCACACACACACACACACACACACACACCUAUACUCACACAACAGCACAUACAAAAUCACAAGAAACAACAAACAAGAGACAGAAACAUUUACGCUUUUCUGUGUGCCACCCAAGAUAAAAAAUAUUCAUUUAGCUCGUUAAAUUGUUUCCAAAUGUACAAAAACAAAACAAACAAAAACAAACAAACAAAAAACAAAUGAUAUUGAUAACUAAAUGAAAAUGAAACAAAGCGCAACACCAAACAAACAACCACCAGCCAGCAACAUUUAAGUGUUAAAGUAAUCAUCAUCAUCACCAUCAUCAUCAGAGUUCUCACCAACACCACAAAAACCAUCAGCAACAUAAAAUACAAAACAAACAACAACAAAAAAACAAAAAACAGUUUCAACAACUUACUAUAUAUACAACCAAUAUAUAUAUAUAUAUAUAAAUAUAAACGCAUUCCAUCAAACAAAUCUCGAACAUAUGUCAGAUGUGUUCACACACACAAACACACACACACACACAUCUGUCCAACAAACAGAACUAAAAACAAAGAAAAUGUCUGGACAAUGUAUUUUUUUUCUUCUCGCUGCUACGUAGUUGUAAUUUUUAAGAUACCUAUACUAGCUGCAUAUAGCUAUAUUUCUUUAUAUAUAUAUAUAUAUACAGCAAAAAUUUAUAUAUAUAUAUAACAUUUUUUUUACAUGUUAAAUUAGUUUGUACUACACCCAUACACAUAAACACAAUCAGAGACACACACGACAUAGAAAACAAAACAAACAAAAAAAAACAAAAAACAAAAAAAAAAAGAAACUAACGUGGCUCGUUCUAGUUGGUAAAGAGAGCAUUAAAGAUUAAAUCUAUGAAAAUUCAUCGGCAGAAAUUCGUGCACCAAAGCAAACAACAAAUAAGUGAAGGAGGGAGGGAGAGAGAGAUAUAGAUAGAUAGGGAGGGCAUGUUGAAUGAAAGCUGGAAAUAAGGCCUGAAGAAUUAGUUGUAAAACAAAUGAGUUUUUAAAUUUUGUUUUUCGUAUUACGAGUAUAUAAAUUAUUAUGUUUUUCCUUUGUAUCGUAAGUGCGGUUUGAAAAACCGUCCAUGGACUUUCUUAUAUUUUCAAAAUUCUAAAUUUUACCCCCAAAAAAAAUUUCGACUUCAAUUUGGCUUUGUUUAUUAUUACUAUAUAUAUAUAUAUAAAUCUAUUGUUUUUCUUCUUGAAAUAGAUGAAUUAAUGCUAACAUCGAUGUUUGAAUCGAUCAUUUUUAUUAAGCAUGAUUUAAUUAGUUAUAUAUAUGUAUAUAUACCUAAAUAUAUAUAUAUAUAUAUCUAUAUAUGUGUAUAUAUAUAUUUAUUUAUAUAUAGACACCUAAUAUGCCUCGCAUUGGCAACUGAAAAAUGUUUAACGUAAAACUUAAUAGAAAUCCAACGGAUUAUUAUUAUUAUUAUAAUAACUAUGGCUAUAAUUACUUAGGAACGACGCACAUAUUUGCGUAAACACACACAAGACAGCCCUUCUCUUUUUAUAUAUCGAAAAAGCUUCAAGCAUUUUAUAUAUAUACAUAUAUGUAUUUUUUAUGUGGAAUACAUAGAAGUGGUUUAUUCAUUUUCAUUUCAUACAAUUUGGUAUAAGGGAAUGACGAUGAAUUUUUAUAUGUUGCCAAUGCUCGCAUCAGGUUUUUCGUUAGAUUAUCGCGUCGAAACACAGUACACUUCCACAUGAAGAUCCAUUUACAACAAUUAGUCGCUGUCUACAACACUGGUAAGGAAUCAGUUGGCCAGUGUUGAUGAGCGGAAUCACACACACAAAUAUACCACUCGUAGAAACAGAGUUGACAACGCGUAAUUAACGAAAAACCUACAGUUCGUUUAAUCAUAGACUUUUUACAUACGCACUUACAAUAUACGAACACAAACACAAAUGGAACCCCAUUAUUCAUACCCACAAAACACACACACAACAAAAUCCUAUAUUGGGAUGCAAUUAUUGCAUUAAUGGAUUAAUUAUGGAAACAUAAAUGUAUAAUUAAUUUAAUAAUAAUAUUUACAUGUAAUUGAUAACUAGUUUAUAACGAAUUAUACGAAUAAAUAAUAACGAAAGAAAAUACAAAAAA